AUGACGGAAAAAACAGAUUCAAAUACCUCGGUAAUAUCGCAAGCUAAAAGACCCAAUGCUUCGUUAAAAAAUUUGACUAAAAUGAGUUCAAAUACAGAUUCAAAUGUUGAAUCCUCAAAGAUACAGCAAAUUAAUAGUUCUUUAUCAGUCAAAGAUGUAAUGGAUUCGAAUAUCAUGAGAAAUACAACAUCAUCUAAACAGAACUCGGGGUACCAAGUAAGAAGCACAUCUUUAUCUAAAGAGAAUAAUGACAGAAUAAAUGGUUUUAUCAAACAUACUGUGAGACAGUCAGCCGAAGAAGCUUCUCAUAUGGAAUUCACUAGCUACGUCCCCUUUAUACCAUUCAAAGAAUUAAAUUGGCAUAAGACUGGUAUAAAAGCAGAUUUUGGAUGGUAUUGUGAGUGGCGAAAGCCAUCAUGGAAUAACACAUUAAUUUUGAUACGUCGAAUUAAGUCAUCGACAUUGCGCAGCUCAAAUAUAUUGAUUUCGGAGAUAAACGCGUUAUCAUCUAUACGGCAUCCAAAUAUUCUUGUUUUAAUGGGCUAUACGUUUGAUAGUGGUGAUUAUUUAAUGCCAAUAUAUCAAUAUUUUCGUCAUAGUCUAUACUGUCAUCUUCAUGAAAUGGCAUGUGCAUUAUCACUUCCAAAAAUCAUUAGAAUAAUUUUACAAAUCGCUGAAGCAUUAUCAUUUACCCAUAUGAUGGGUAUAAUUCAUACAACAAUGUCGAGUCAUUGUAUUGCAUUAUCGGAUGAUUUCAAUAACGCUAAAAUAUUUGGCUUUGAUUUUUCCAUUUCGACGAAUUCUGGAAAAAUUACUGAAAAUAUUGGUAGAAAACAGUGGUUUCAAUGGCUAGCACCAGAAUUAUUUGAUUCACAAUCUCCUCCUGAAGCGCAUGUUUCAUUGGACGUUUAUUCAUUGUGUGUUGUCUUAUGGGAAUGUUGUUACCAAAAUAUUUAUCAACAAUUAUCAACAACAACUACACCAUCCCCAAAAAGUAUUACCACAAAUGAAUCACCUCAAGAUAAAGGUAUUACAUACGAAGAGCCUGAAAAAGUAGACGAAUUAAGCUCUAUGCAACGAACGCCAAAAACGAAAUUUUGUACUAAAAUUACUUCAAUUAAUGAAGAUGUAGUGGACGAGACGAAACAAACUUCACAAAAUAUUCAUACAUAUUUGGAAAAUAUUACCAUAAAUAUAAUUAAUUCUGAAAGUAAUGGAACAGAAAAAGACGACGGGAUAGUUGAGGAUACAUUGCAACAAGUAUCACCAUCUGGCAAUCCCAAAAUGAUUAUUAAAAAUCAUUUACAAGACAUAAAGGCAACCGAAAAUGUAAUGCAAUCAUCAUCAGAAAUUACAUCCAACAAUAAAAACUUAAAUAAACGAUUUGAUGAAGCUGUAGUUAGAAAUUACGACAUUAAAAAACUAAUUUAUGAAUAUGAAAUUUUAACAAAACAUCUUCAUGAUUCUGUUGUGCCAAGAAUAACAACACAACUAAGAGAUGUAUAUAUAGAUGAUGAUUUUACGUCUGAUGCGGUUCAAUUAACUUCUGACUUGACAGAAUUUUACAUUUUUGUCGAAGAUCAACAGGAUAAAAGGUAA